UAAAGUUCAAGGGCGCUGACGCAGACGUGAAGACACGGACAGAGCUGCGGCGUGGAUGAAGAACUUGGAGACUUUCAAGAUGUCGUCUGUCUGGUCGUCUGUCAUCUUCAUGCUAGUCCUUCUACAGUUGACCAAGUCAGCAUUACAGACAAAUAUUCAUAUAGGGGCGAUGAUCGAGAAGGAACACCUAGACCAGCUGAAGGCGUUGGAGGAGAUCAUCGCCACCACCAACCUCAACAACUACAUCGAUAAACUCGUCAUCAUGAAUGUAGGAGGGGACACCGACUUCCAUGACAGCUACAGCGCUCAUCGGAAAGCCUGCAGGAUGACAUUCAGUGGUAUAGCCGCCAUGUUUGGGCCAAUGACCAGCCUUGCGGCCGGUCACGUGCAGUCCAUCUGCAACGCAUUUGAGAUCCCCCACCUGCAGUGGCGCUGGGACCCCCGGGACAAGAGGGACUACUUCUCCAUCAGCCUGUACCCCUACUACGUCAGUCUCGGCACGGCCUACAAGGACGCAGUCAGGCACUGGGAAUGGGACAGGUUCACAAUUCUCUACGAGGAUAACGACGGUCUGACACGGCUGCAGGAAGUGCUGAAGAACACGGCAGACCAGCCGGCCGCCAUCACCAUCCGGAAACUGGAACUGGGAGACUCGGACUACAUCACCCUGCUCAAGGAAUUAAAAAGUAAAGGCGAAAACAGGUUCAUCAUCGACUGCAACAUAAAUCUAGUUGACAGGUUUCUGCAUACGGUUUUGCAACUACAGAUGAUUUCUUAUCAAUACCACUACUUUUUUACAACAUUGGACUUAGCCACGCUAGACCUGGAAGACUACAAAUAUGCAGAGGCCAACAUCACAGCCUUUCAGCUCAUUGACCCAGAGAGGCCAGCCGUCAUUCAGUUUAAAAAUGAAUUGCUCCGAGGUUUCAACAGUGCCAUAGUUUUAAGUGCGAACUCAGAGCUGAAGACAGAAGCAGCAUUAGUGGUUGAUGCGUUUAAACUGUUUGUUCAUGCUAUGAAAUCACUUAGCAAUGCCCAGGAUGUAACAACAGUCAGCCUAUCAUGUGACAAAGUGCAAACAUGGCAAUAUGGCAAUAGUUUACUCAAUUACAUGAAAGCUACCAAAUUUGAAGGCCUAUCAGGAACAGUCAAGUAUGAUGACGGAGAGAGAAAAGACUUUAGUCUUGAUCUAGUCUAUCUCACCAGCAAUGGACUUAUCAAGGCUGGUAAAUGGGACAGCAAAAUUGGCCUGAACUUCACACUGGAACGUGCUAUACCCAAAGAAAUUGUGCCCAAGAACAAAGUGUAUACUGUGGUCACCAAACUGCGUGACCCUUAUGUGUUAGUCAAUGCCUCUGCCCCCUCAGGCUAUGCAGGCUUCUGUGUUGAUUUGUUAAGUAUCAUAGCUAAGGCCAAGAAUUUCACGUUCACGAUAGUGCCACUGACUGCAGUAGGCUCGGCCAGCACAAACUGGACUGGUGUUAUGGGACAAUUGAUGAACAGGGAAGCAGAUAUAGGCAUAGGAGAUCUGACAAUCAACUUACAGAGAGAGAAAGUUGUUGAUUUCACAAAGCCAUUUUUAACAUUAGGUAUCACCAUUCUGUACAAGAAGCCGGCGCCCAAGACUUUAAAUCUGUUUUCUUUUUUAUCUCCAUUAUCACUUGAUGUCUGGGUGUACAUGAUUGCAGCCUACUUGUGUGUCAGCUUCAUGCUGUUCGUCAUUGCCCGGUUCAGUCCGUAUGAGUGGUGCAACCCCCACCCCUGCAACCCUGACACUGACGAGGUGGAGAACCAGUUCACUGUCAUGAACAGUUUGUGGUUUACCAUUGGCUCUCUCAUGCAGCAAGGCUGUGAGAUAGCACCAAGAGCGCUAUCAACCAGGCUGGUGGCAGGCAUGUGGUGGUUCUUUACCCUCAUCAUGAUCUCCUCCUACACCGCCAACCUGGCAGCUUUUCUCACCGUGGAGCGGAUGGUCUCAGACAUCAACAGUGCUGAAGACUUGGCCAAACAAACCAAAGUGAAAUAUGGGACUCCAGCUGGGGGUGCCACGCAAGACUUCUUCAGACUCAACAAGUUAGCCCUUUACUCAGGAAUGUGGGAGUUCAUGAACAGAACGCCAGAUGUUUUUAUGGUGGAUGAAAAAGCUGCAGUGGAAAAAAUUAAGAAAGGAGAUUAUGCCUACAUAACGGAAUCAACUACUGUUGAUUACUUGGUGGAAAGAAAUUGUGAUUUUAUGAAAGUUGGUGGGCUUUUAGAUUCUAAGGGUUAUGGUUUUGCUACACCUCAAGGUUCACCAUUGCGAGAGAUGUUGACAGAAGAAAUUUUAAGGCUGAAAGAAGACCAGACAAUUGAUGAACUGGUUACUAAAUGGUGGAAGAAAGAGCUAGGGGGAGGUAAAUGUGAGGCAGAAAAAACAACGUCAUCUGGAAGUGCAGCUGAGCUGGGUGUAGAAAAUGUAGGAGGUGUGUUUGUCGUGUUGACUGGCGGAGUUAUUGUUGGAUUUUUCGUUUCACUUUGUGAAUUUAUUUGGAAAGCAAGAAAAAAUGCUAAAAAAGACAAGCAAACCUUGUGCUCUGAAAUAUCAGAAGAAUUUAGAUUUGCUGUUCGAUGUUUUGGCUCCAAAAAGUCCAAACAGAAAAAUGAAGAUGAGAUAACUGACAAUGGAUUGCAAUUUAUGCCUCUCACAGGAUAUGGCCAACGGUCGGAUGGAAAAGAGGUUUAUGCAUAACCAGUGCUUUAUAAUAGUUGAAUAUCAACUUUACUUGCAUUUCUAGUUGUAAAUUCAUUCAGCAUUUAGUUCAGUUUUUUUUUCUUGUUUUUUUUUUUUUUUUACAAUUUGAUAGAAACAUUUUAAUAAAAUGAAUUGUACAUUUUUUUAAAGAGCAAAAUAAGCUGAAGCAGGUAUGUGUAAUUAACUGGCAUUUACCAAUCUUGAAAUCAUAAUGCACUAUUCUUUAAAAAGCCUUAUGUUAAAAAUAGUGCCUGAUUGUAUUAUUUAACACCCAGUUCUCCUUACAUCAGAGCAGUGAGACAAUAAAAUAUUCUGUUUAGAUAAUGAAUUCAGUCUACUGAAUUUAUUAAGUAAGAUUAAUAGUGCUAACGUUCACAAUUAAUUCAUCACCAUUUUGUGUAACCAAAAUAAAAAAAUUAUUGGAAUAUUUGUAUAAUUAUUAAGGCAUUUGUUAACAUUUAUAAAGUGUCCAAAUUUAAGGGGGAUUACAUGAUUAAGUUGCUAUGAACAAAUUGAAAAUUCUGCAUAAGAAAAAAGAACAAGGGGAAAUUUAUGUUAUGCCACACGUUUUAUUUUUUUUAUUGCUGCACAUGUACAGUGUAAAAUUUUUUUUUUACAGAUUUCAAUUUUCUUUGUUGGAAGUUGACAAAAUAAUAGCUAUCUAGCAUUUCCCAUUUAAUUAAAUUGUCGGACCCAGAACAGAAACUUUUAUUUGUAAAAUAAAAAAUCCACUGUAAUCUAUAAAUGGUUAUGCAAAGAAGACAGACACCAUGCUGACAGUCUAAAAUAUUACAAAGUUAAAUUGUGAAGAAAUAACUGUUCAAUUUUUGUAAAUGAAGAAAAACAAUUUUCCCAAGCUGCAAUCCUCCUCACUAAGUGUACAAAUUAUUGUAACAUAAUAACUUUCAUUCACUUGUUUUUGUUGUUCAUUUUUGUAUCAUUUUCAUUUCAAAUUAUAUUUUACAAAAACAAUUUUUUUGUAUUGAUUAACUUUUAAUUUUUUAAACAGUCUGAGUUUGGUUUAUUUUAAUCUAAUACAAAAAAUGCAUUUAAAAUGUUUAAAAAAUAGUAAGAUAAAAUUUUUCUGUAAAGUUUAAACUGUUCUUGUAAAUAAGGCAGCAUUGAACUGAAUUUAAUUAAAUCGCAAACUCUUUAAUCAGCUAUUUUUAAAUCUUGCGAAAUGUAGAUAUAUGUUCUGAAUACAAAUAAAUUGGAUUUAAUAUUUUAGAAGCCUCAAAAAUGUUUCUUUAGUCUUGUUUUUUUUUGUACUCUAAAAUUAUUACUAUUAAAAGAGUUUUAAAUUCCUUUUAAAAUAUCUCAAUACUUAAGCUAAAAUUAGUUAAAAAGUUAGUUUUAUAUAAAAUCCAUUUCUUUCAUUUCUGUGAGUGUGAUUAUAAUUUUUAAAAAUCCAUGAAUGCACUGUUCAGUGCAGCUGACAGGAGUGUGUACAGUAUUAUAAAAACAAAUGUUAAAACAUGAUGUGUAAAAAUAUGUAGGUUGUGUAUUGUAUAUAUUUGAUUUUAUCACAUGUAGUACAUUUUAAAAUGUCGAAGGCACAUUUUAGCCAUGGAUAUUCAAAUAAUAAUGUCAAGAUACACUUUUUAAAUUUUAAGUUUAGAGUUUCUUGUUACUUUGAUCAAUAAAUAAAAAAUUCCAAAAUCAAUUUAAAAAUGCUUGUACUGCUAGGCCAAUAUAAAUUUUGAUCUACUUUGUGUAUAACAUUGUAUACAGAGACCAAAUUAAUGUCAAUCAAAAUUACAUCCAUUUUAAUAUCAAAUCAAUAUUUUGUGCCUUAUCUGGUUCAGCACUGUGAUUUUUAAAAAAACUAAUGAAAUUGUUUUCAGAUGGUGGCAUAUGUUGAAAUGUAAAUCAUUUAUGAGAUAUUUAUUAUCUCAAAAGUACUUGCCAAAUUGUUCGAGUAAUAUAAUAUGUAAAUGUAUAUAAAUACUAAACUUUAUAUCAUUGACUGAAUUUCACAUUCUCUAUGUUUAAUAUUUAAUUGUUUGUUUCAUUUCAUCAAAAGAUUACAAUAGGUGAUUCAUUCAAUAAUAAGAUAUUUUUAAUUCAAACAUUUCGAAUGCAAUUACAUAUAUUUAUAAUCUAGAAAGUUUUCUUGAUUGUGUAACAUUUGCAUUCCUCAGGAUAGAUUUGUAAAAAUGGAUUGAUUAACAGACUGACUUGUUAAUUUGAAUGGACAUUUUUUUAUAAGAUUUACACCUUUUUAUUAAGAAGUAGAAGUUGUAAAAUAACAUAUUUAUUGACUUCUUUUCCCCAUAUAUUAUCCUUUCAUAUCAAUUUUCUCUUUCAUCAUGUAAGAUUAUUUAUUAGCACCUUGUGUGCAAUAUGUUUGAACAAUUAUUAAUCUAGUUUUCUCCUUUUAAAUGUUGUCAGAAUUUUAUAUACACCAAGACUGUUCAACUUUUUAAAAUCUGCCAGAACUUGCUAAUUCUAUUAAAAAAUUCUUCCUAUAAAGUUUUUUCUUAAUUAGUCUCUAGAAUUUCUAAGUCAUCACACAUCACUGAUGAUAUUUUGUGCAAUCAUACAAAUCUUAGCAUCCGCUUUUAAUACUUAAGCAUACUAAUUAUUUCAUGAUACCUUCUUGUCAUUUUUAGAUCACUAGUUUAUUAAAAAAGAGAAUCCAUUUUUUAAAAAAAAGUUGUGUUUAAAACGAGCAAAGACAAACAUUAAACUAAAUUGUCUAAAAAAUGUUCCUGAGCAAAGAUAAUUCACCACGAACACAGAGCCUUCUAGUAAUUAAAAGGGACUUGCCUACGUUUCAUUCAUUUGUUUGCUUUACUAAUAUUGUUCUCUCACACAUUCUUAUUGUUUUCAUAAAGUGUGAAAAAAGCUUAAAUUGUUAAAUGCUGUUUGAGACAAAUUCAAUUGAAUUUCUAGCUGAGCAUUGCAGUUUAAAUAUUGUCUUUGUCAAAGUCAACACAGAAAUUUGGAUCUUCAUUGGUGAAGAUUUUCAAUUUGUAGUGCAUUCACUCUGGUGUUUGAAACUUCUGAAAACUAGACACAAUAUUCAAUAUUUAACUUUUGACAUAUUAUUAUUGCAUAGAGAAUCUGACAAAUUUGAUAACAUUUAGUGCAUACUACAUUUUUAGUGAUGUUCCUUUACAAAUUUUGUAAUACAUAGUAAAUAGACAUUGUAAAGCUUUAAAUAAUGCUCUUUUAAUGAAUAUUUUAAAUGUAUACUUAGAUUAUACUGUAGACAUUUUUUUCAAACAGUUUUGACAAUAUUUGACUAAAAACCUAAUUUGCAAGUAGCUAUGGAAUAAUUUACACAUCAAUCAUGUAUCAUCAGAAUGAUUUUUUUUUUACUUUUUAUCCAUGGCAAUAAACUUGCACUCAUUGAUUAAACAAAACUUUUGGUUGUUAC